UGGCAGGUCGAAAAUGGGGGAUAUCCCAAAAUCCAGCUAUCUGGGUCAAUUUGGUAAAAUUUUGAUUUUUUUUUCUCAUUUUGGCCAAAAUUUGAUUUUUUAAAAUUCACCAAAAAAUCGAAAAAGGCACUUUAGCACUUGAAAUUUUGACAGGUGAUGAAUUUUUGCCUGCUCUUUCGAUUUACCUUUGUACGGUUUGAAAAAUUUUAUACUGGUUCUAUGUUGGAACGCAAAAUCUGCGAUUUCGGUUGACCUGUCAAUCAAAAUGACCGCCAUUUUGUAAGUAGGGCCACUUUUUUUUUAGGACAAGCCAACAAGGGCUAGAAAUGUUCCUCAGGACUCCCCCUUUAAGAAAAAAGUUGUCCCGGAGGAUCGGAAGGGGGGUGCAAGUGAUCCUUAAACGGGCCUUCCGACCGCGAUAUAAGGGACUUGAGGAAUUCAUCGCUCAUUCUUGGAAGCGGACUGCAUGAUGACGCGUGAUAACUGAUAAGAAUGCUUGCUUGGAUCUUGAGAAGGGCUAGAAAACGAUCAAAACUGUUUCAAAAUAGAAAAUUACACUGAAAGAAAUAAACAGUAAUCGUUGCAUUGAAACGAUGCACUCAGUGCAUUAAAACGCGGUAAUUUUGGUAUAGGAAUGAAACGCAUUAAUCAGUACAUAUUUAGACAAUAUAAUCAGUACAUAUUUAGAGAAGUAACUAUUACACAGAAGUGUGGUAACCAUUACAUCGUUUUUAUUCAACAAAUAUUUAAAAGGUGGGGUUAGGGGUAUAUCAAUUUCAAGUUUCUCCACACAUCUAAAUAAUCCUCACAGCAACGAAUUUUUCCAGACCUUAUUUACCUACGAAAAUUUUCCGACCUAACUGGGAUUCGAACCUGCGACCUCUCGUUCCUAACUACCUACACUUAACGACAUGGCCACGAGUAGAAUAUUUGAUUCAGGCCCUAGAAGUAUUUAUAUGUUUUUCACUGUUUGGGAAUAAAGGAUUUCAUUGCAGUAUGGCGAUGUACUCAGUACAUCGUUUACUGUAUUCAGUAAAUCAGUACAAAGUUCUCAGUCAUAUAUGAGAAAUGUAAUCAUUUCUUACUACAUGAUGUAAUUAUUACCCACCAAAUGAUGUUUUGAAUACCAUGUCUGCAGGACUGAGUCCCUAAAGAAAUGUAAUGAAAACAUAGAAAUGAAUUUUAAAAAGUGAUGCAAUAAAUCCAUCCUGGCGAUGUACUCAUUCCAUUAUUUGAUGCAUUCUCUGAUUUAAACUAUGUAAUCAUUACAUCAAAAUGAGGUAAUUCGAAAAUUACUGUACUGUGCAGUAACCAUUGCAUCAAUUUCGGGACUGAAUAGCGCGUUUUGAAAAUCAUUUCUUUCAGUGUACGACUUAUUUUCGAUUUUAAUUUUAUUUUCGGUUCUAUUAUAGAAUUUUAGGGAUCCCACUUUAUGCUCAAACGUUGAAUUGUUAACAUUAUCAAGGAUCCUAGUUUGAUGUGAAAAGGUGACUCUUUCAUGAUGGACGAUUCGUAUGAUUAUAGUACGUUGCUCAAUAUAGCUGUACAUUAUUACUAUAAUAGUUCAAUUAUACCGGAAAAUAUAAGAAAAAUGACAGAAACUGUGUGCACUAACGUCUCCAAACACAGUCCCACUACUACUUUUGAAACAUCGAUAAUAGCUAUAAUUAGUUUCUUCGUCAGUUAUCAAUUUCAAGUGGUUGUUGCUGAAAAUGAACUAACUCAGAAUGUCCAAGUAGAAGUGCCGGAUGAUUGGCGGAAUGCCAUUUACAUUCAUCAUAAGAAUCAAAUGGCGAAUUAUUUCAUCAAGUUACACGAUCAAACAUUUAUCGUAUGCUUAGUUUACAAUUCAACUAUAGAAAAAACAGUACUAACUUUAUGUCAUGACAAACGUGACUUUAUAUUGACGUUACGCAAAAUGGAAAUAGAUGGGCUGCUGAUCGAGCAGGUGAAGGAUCGCUGGGCCGCUCACAUAUUAACUACCCUCGACAAAAGCCUCAGAUCAGCGGUGAAAAAUGCGGUCCUCAACCAGCCUCCAUCAAGUGAAGGUUCGCCGAGUUCACAAGUUGACCUUCUUGAUUCUUGAAUUGAGCUUCAUCGAUUAGUUGCAUUCUGUCAAUCUCAAUAUGCCUGAGUUUAUAAUAACAUGAGGCGACUUACAUACAAUGUGCGGCUAUUGAAUAAGGAGAUUGGGCGCGCAUCACGCAUACAUACGACCCCCUUGUAGUGGGGAAGGGAAAAUGAAUACACUGUUAGGUAUCUGGAAGCCUCUACUAUUUCGAUACCAAAAUUCGUUUUCAUCCUUUCAGUAAUUUUUUUUUCUAUAGUGGUCUGAAACGAACGUGUUUUUAUACAUCCUCAUGCAAAACAACAUUUAAAUUAAUGAAAAACACAAGCUAGGAAUCAAUCUGAAAUUUCUCAUUGAAUUGAAAAAAACGUUGACUGAGUGUUAUGAAUUGUCAAAAGAGACUUGAAUGUAAGAAUCCUCUUUGAUCAACUAUAAAAAGGUAUAAUUAUUCUCAUGGAAAAAUUCUAGACAAAAUAUUGCUACUCGAUGGUCCAAAGUCCUCCAAAGUGUAAAGUCUCUACCUACAAGUUGCCUAACUACGAGUACUUAGCACGUGGCUUCUUCGUUAUCAACGAUUCUACCGAUCACACUGAUCACUUCGUUUUUGUUGAAUUACACUUCUCCUUCGCAAUUUAUGUUUCAGCCAUACUGCAUUUCAAUUAACAUAAUAUCAUCUUAUAGAAAUUAAUGAAUGAAAAUUAUGUUUGUUUUUGAUUCUAUCUAAGUAUCUGCGUCUGUGAUAAUCUUUUGUUCAGAAUUGAAAUUUAUUUAUUUCAAUUUGUAUUAACUACCUAAAUGUGUGUUCCAAAAUCCAAAUUGUUUUUGUACUUUGGUGAAUAUUGUUUAUGUAUUGUAGUUAUUUUAACUAUGUUUGGUGUUUCUUUUUCCUAAUAAUUUGAAACUUUUUAAAAAAAUGUGUUACUAAAUAAAAUCAAUUUUAUUUUAAUAGUCAGUAUUUCCUUUCAAAAAAUUUAAUCAUAAUUGAUCAUUAAUUUUAAAUUGUUAUUUCAUAUUUGACCAAGUUAGUUUAGGUACCUCGAUUUAUCAAUGUUGAAUUUAGGUACCUCGAUCUAGUUACCUCAACUAUCAA